AUGACGGAUGAGACAACACAAAGCUUGGGAACUACUUCUACUCGAGCACCAACCCAUCGAAGAAAAAAAUCUUCUGUUUGGACUCACUUCACUCCUGAUUUAGAUUUGAUUGGUAUAGCUAGAUGCAACUACUGUGGCUCCAAGCUAAAGUCCAAUAAUGGAACGUCUUCCAUGGCUGCUCAUUCAAAAAAGUGCAAGAGUAAAAGAAUGAAAACAACUCCUUCAUCAAAAACAAAUGUGGCUUCCCCUUCAACAAUGGUGUUAGUCAAAUUUGACCAAGAGAAAUGUCGAAAGGCAGUGGUUGACAUGAUUGUGGAAAUGGACCUUCCGUAUAUGCAUGCGGAUCAUAAAGCUUUUCAUCGUUGUUUGAAUGUAUUUCAGCCAAGAUAUAUUCCUAUCUCUCGAUGCACUGUAGCACGUGAUGUUUUGUCUUUGUGGGAUUUUGAAAGGGAAAAAUUGAAGAGAUUUCUUUCCGAACAUUGUCGAAGUAUGUGCUUGACCACAGAUGGUUGGACUUCAUGUCAAAACAUGAGCUACAUGUGCAUAACAGCACAUUUUAUAGACAAUAACUGGACAUUGCACAAGAAGAUUUUGAAUUUUGUUCAAGUCUUAAGCCAUUCAGGAGAAGUAAUGGCAAAUACGAUUUCACAAUGCUUGGACAAUUGGGGGUUGAAAAAUGUUUUGAGUGUGACAGUUGACAAUGCGUCAUCAAAUGAUCGCGGGAUUGAAAAUCUCAAAAGGAGAAUUAGGGGUGCUGUCAAGUAUGUUAAGUCUUCUCCGAGUCGAGAACAUAAGUUUUUCGCAUUUGUUGGAAGUAGACAUAUUGAAUACAAGGGUAGUGUUCAAUUCGAUUGUGAUACUCGAUGGAAUUCAACAUAUGACAUGUUGAAGGCUGCUCUACCACUUCAAAUAGCCUUUCUUGAGUUUGAGAUUAGUGAUGCUAAGUAUUGUGAAGAACUUGAGAAAGGGAGUGGCAUUCCUACCGCUUUAGAUUGGGAGAAAGCACGCGAGGUUGCUCAAUUUUUGGAAGUUUUUAAGGCUUCAACUUUGCGCAUAUCAGGUUCAACAUAUGUGACAAAUAAUAUGUACUUGGAAGAGAUCCUAGGAAAAAAUUGGUGUAUGCUCGUUGGUUUAUCGAAAAAAAACUUUGAUAAACAAAAUGCUGAAAUCUUGAAGGAUAAAUUAGAAUCGGAUUUGAAAACCAUAUUUGAGGAGUAUAACGGUGGUGCGACAAGUGGAUCUCAAAGUAGCUUUGUUGAACCCCCUGAAUUAGUUGGACGAAUUGGAAAUCCCGAAUAUUAUUAUGGGAUAUUUUUGCAAUCCAGUGGUCUCAAGUCAAGUGGAGUGAAAUCAGAAUUAACAAAGUACUUUAAAGAUAGGUUAGAAGGUGAUAUUCCUAACUUUGAUAUCUUGACUUGGUGGAUGGUGCAUUCAAGUCGACUUCCAAUCCUAGCUAACAUUGCGAGAGAGGUUCUAGCUAUACCCGUCUCAACGGUAGCUUCUGAGUCUGCCUUCAGUACUGGAGGAAGGGUGCUUGAUGACUAUCGCAGUCGCCUAACCGCUAGAUCCGUGGAAGCACUUAUUUGCACAGAAGAUUGGCUUGGUGGAUCACCUUCGCCAUUGCCUACGCAAGAUGAUAUCGACGAGCUUGAGAAAAUUGAGCGAGAAACACCACUUUCAUGGAAUCCAAAAGGAAAAGAUGCAGCUAUUGUAGUCGAUAAUGAAACACCGACACAACACCGAUACACCGAUACAUGUAAUAAUUUGAUAAAGUUGAAUGGAGUCACAUGUGUUGGUGAUUACUAA